GUAUUUUAAGUGAAAUAGGACAGAAAACGGUAACGUACAAUGUACUUAACCGCGUGCGAGAAGUGUAUUUUGAAAAGUUACUACGGCCUGGGGAAAACCAUCAGAAAUGUUCGAAAAUAUCACAGCGAAAACUCGUUCGGAUUCAAGCGCAAAGUGGAAAAAGUUUAUAACGUACCUGAGGAAGUUUUGAACUCCCGUAAGGAACAAAGUAACUUUUACAGACUUGUGUCAGCUUAUAAAGAACACGCGCACAAGUCGGCCGAUGUAAAUCCCGUUUCCUUGGCAAAGAGCUUGAGUGCUGUUCCCGAAUUGGAUUUCAAACGGUAUGGCUUGAACGAAUGCGAUAUAGUUAAAUUUGAAAAUAUAUUGAACACGACAAAAGCUGAGGGAACUGUAGCAGAAGCGAUCGAUUUUUUAAACGAAAGUUACAAUGGCCACAUCAGUGCUGAGUUUGCUUACUUGGAGAGCGAAGAGGAGAGAGAAUGGUUUAGCAGAAAAAUGGAAGAGCUUCAAUACGUGGAGUUAGAUAGCGAAACCAAAGUAAAACUGGCAACUAAUUUGUUGUUAUCGCAAAACUUUGAUAACUUUUUAGCAAAGAAAUUUCCAGGUUUAAAAAGAUAUGGAGGGGAAGGUGCUGAAAGUAUGAUGGGAUUCUUUCAUGAGACAUUUAGACUUGCAGCACUGGAUGAUAUCGAGCAAGUAGUAUUAGGAAUGCCACAUAGAGGCAGGCUAAAUUUAUUGACAUGCCUUCUUAAUUUUCCACCCGCUAGGAUGUUCAGUAAAAUUAAGGGAAAUUCUGAUUUUCCUGCGAAAUACCAGGGAAGUGGGGAUGUGUUAAGUCAUCUAAUAUCUUCCACAGAUUUGCAAUUUGGUGAGAAAUCCGUUCACGUAUCCCUACUGUAUUGUCCGUCUCAUUUGGAAAUAGUUAAUCCUAUGUCAAUGGGCAAAACUAGAGCAAAGCAAAUGAUGGCGAAAGAUGGGGAUUAUGGUAAUUGUAGUGGAUGGAGCGAUAAGAUACUCAACAUACAGGUACAUGGUGAUGCAGCUGUGAAUGGACAAGGAGUUAACCAAGAAUGUUUGACCUUGAGCAGAACUCCCCAUUUCGAAAUUGGAGGAACAAUUCACUUGGUGGUUAACAACCAAGUUGGUUUUACUACUCCUUCCGAAAGAGGGCGUUCCUCAAGGUACUGCACUGAUCUUGCCAAGAUGAUUUCCGCCCCUGUGAUACACGUCAAUGGAGAUUAUCCAGAGCAUGUCCUGAAAGCCACGAAAUUGGCUUUCGAGUACCAAAGAAAGUUUAGAAAGGAAAUUUACAUUGAUCUUAAUUGCUAUAGAAAGUGGGGUCAUAAUGAAUUAGAUGAUCCGACAUUUACGAAUCCGUCUUUGUACAGCAUUAUUAAAAGUAGAGGUACAGUACCUGACAUGUAUUUUAAUAAACUAAAGGAAGAAGGUAUUUUAAAAGAAGAGGAAAGGAACAAAAUUGUUGAUGAGAACUGGAACUGGCUUGAACAACACCUUAAAGCGUCGGAUAAUUAUGAACCAGAGGACUUAGCUUACAAAAAACAAUGGGAAGGCAUAACUCAAGCUGAAGAAAGUAUUACAACGUGGGAUACUGGAAUUGAUUUCGACCUCAUGACAUUUAUUGGAGAAAAAUCUGUAAAAACUCCCGAAAUCUUUGAGAUCCACCCCACAUUAUUGAGAACUCAUGUUAAAUCUAGAUUAUCUAAAGUUGCAGACGGAACAAAUAUUGAUUGGUCCACUGCUGAAGCAUUGGCUUUAGGCUCUCUGUUAUUUGAAGGUUACAACGUAAGGAUAAGCGGUCAGGACGUGGGAAGGGGAACGUUCUCUCACAGGCACGUAAUGCUAGUGGACCAGUCGACGAAUAACUUGUACAUUCCAUUAAACAACAUUCAUCCGAAUCAAAACACUUUUCUGGAGGUCGCGAACAGUAUUUUAUCUGAGGAAGCGGUGCUGGGCUACGAAUACGGAAUGAGCGUGGAAAAUCCCAACAAUCUGAUCAUUUGGGAGGCGCAGUUCGGGGAUUUUUUCAACGGGGCGCAAAUAGUCUUUGACGCGUGCAUUUCGGCUGGAGAAGCAAAAUGGUUAUGGAGCAAUGGUAUAGUAAUCUUACUGCCCCACGGAUACGACGGAGCCGGCCCUGAGCAUAGCUCAUGCAGAAUGGAAAGAUUUCUGCAAAUGUCGGAUUCUAAAUUUGACAAAGUCGAUGGAGAUAACAUAAAUAUGCAAAUAUGUCAGCCUAGCAAUCCCGCGCAGUACUUUCAUUUGUUAAGACGACAGAUGGUAAGAAACUUUAGGAAACCUCUCGUAAUAAUUGCACCAAAAACUCUACUGCGAUUAUCUGCCUGCACUUCUAUAUUCGCUGAUAUGGCUCAUGGAACUUCAUUUAAACCAGUUAUAGGGGAGAAGCAGUAUGAAGGUCCUUCAAUAACAAGUAUUCUAUUGACAUCUGGCAAGCAUUAUUAUUCCUUGGCAGAGAAGCGUCACGCGAUGGGUAUUAAGGACACGGCCAUUCUCAGGAUUGAAUCCUUCAGUCCGUUUCCAACUUUAGAAUUAAGACACGAAUUCUCGAAAUAUCCUAAUGUUAAAUCUGUGAUUUGGUGCCAGGAGGAGCCGCAAAAUAUGGGCGCAUGGAGUUUUGUUAAGCCAAGAUUUGAAAACAUGAUUGGCAAAAAGAUUAAAUAUUGCGGAAGAAAAACAUCUGCCGCUCCCGCAGUAGGCGUUGGCAAAAUUCACAGACAGGAAGCGGAAGACAUUGUUACAAAACCAUUUUUUAAAGAUUUUUAUUGAUUAAAUAUAUUUUCACCCUUUUUUGAAUCUCAUUUUGUCUUUCUUUUACUAACCCUUCCCUAUUACAAUAAUUGAGGUGAUCUGCAA